AAUUUGCAUUAUUUAUUUAUAUAAAGAAAGAGUAAUGAACCAUGUCUUGGUUCAGAAUUCACAAAGGAAAUUAAUACUAGAUCUCUAAGCAGUCUGCAACACAAAUCUAACUUGUGUGUGGCCUGCACUUCAGAAUGAGUGCCCCUGCCGUUCGACGCAUUUCAGAAUGUUUUGUUAAGCCCCAGCUCCCCAACCAAGUUUCAAACCAGAUCUGCAAUUUAACACAUUGGGAUAUUGCUAUGUUGUCUACCAACUAUAUCCAGAAGGGUCUACUCUUCAAGAAGCCUGCAACAACUCUUGUUGAUCAACACCAUUUCAUGGAGAAUCUGUUGGAGAAGCUCAAACACUCUCUUUCUCUCACCCUCUUCCAUUUCUAUCCUUUGGCUGGUCGCCUUGUCACCCACCAAACCCAUGACCCUCCCUCUUAUUCUGUUUCCGUUGAUUGCAAAAACAGUGAUGGAGCUAGAUUCAUUUAUGCAACUUCGGACAUCACUAUAUCUGACAUACUCGCCCCCAUUGACGUCCCACCCAUUCUUCACUCCUUCUUUGACCAUCACAAAGCAGUCAACCAUGAUGGCCACACCAUGUCCCUUUUGUCCAUCCAAGUCACUGAACUUGUGGAUGCUGUUUUCAUAGGUUGUUCCAUGAACCACGUUGUUGGCGAUGGCACUUCUUAUUGGAAUUUCUUCAAUACAUGGUCUCAGAUCUUUCAAUCUCAAUCUCAUGCUCUAGGCCAUGAAUAUGAUGUUCCCAUUCACAAUCGCUGGUUUCCAAAAGAUUGCGCUCCACCAAUCAAUCUUCCUUUCAUACAUCAUGAUGAGAUUAUAAGCAGAUAUGAAGCACCCAAGCUGAGAGAGAGAAUCUUCCACUUUUCAGCAGAGUCUAUUGCAAAACUGAAAGCAAAGGCAAACUCGGAGUCCAAUACCACCAAAAUCUCUUCGUUCCAAUCAUUAUCAGCGCUUGUUUGGAGAUCCGUAACACGUGCACGCUCCCCACCGAACGACCAGAGAACAACUUGCAGGUUGGCAGCAAACAAUCGAUCAAGAAUGGAACCGCCUCUGCCUCAGGAAUACUUUGGAAACUCAGUUCAUGUAGUGAGUGCAGAAACGACGACAGGGGAAUUGCUUGAGAAUGGUAUAGGAUGGGCUGCAUGGAAGUUGCACAUGGCUGUUGCAAACUAUAACAAUGGAGUGGUGCUGCAAUCUCUGAAGGUGUGGUUAGAGUCUCCUUUCGUAAUUCAAAUGGGUCGUUUCUUUGACCCCUACUGUGUGAUGAUGGGUAGCUCGCCCAGGUUCAACGUGUAUGGAAAUGAAUUUGGAAUGGGAAAAGCGGUGGCGGCAAGAAGUGGUUAUGCCAACAAGUUUGAGGGGAAAGUGACAUCAUACCCAGGCCGUGAAGGAGGUGGAAGCAUUGAUUUGGAAGUGUGCCUUUCACCAGAAAAUAUGACCGCGCUGGAAUCAGAUGAAGAGUUCAUGAAUGCUGUUUCUAAGUCCAAUCCUUUGUACGAGUUGACUAAUGUGGCUUGUCCUGGACCGUCUUUCUAAGGAGAAAUAUCACUUAGUAACGUGUAUUAAUAAAUAAAAUACUUUUUCUAGUUUCCUUUGUCUUGAGCUUUUGUA